GUGAGAGAGCGCGAGAGGAUCGCGGAGACUGCGCCGGUUGAGUUGUUAGGAAACGUGGCCUUAAGAGAGUGUCCAGCUCAGCUCAAUGAGAAGCGCACUCAGCUGACACUGUCAUCGCAACUGUAUUUGGGCCUCGCAGUGUUUAAAGGCGCGGGAACAUGGCUGAUGUGGAGCAGGACGCAGCGGUGCCGGACGCAGCCGGUAACGGCUCAGACGCGGUGAACGGGAGCGCGGGCCGCUUCGUGUCCAGCCCCGAGGGCACAGCUCUGGCGUACGGCAGCCUGCUGCUCAUGGCCCUGCUGCCCAUCUUCUUCGGAGCGCUGCGGUCCGUGUGCUGCUCCAAGAGCAAGAGUGCUUCAGAUAUGCCCGAGACCAUCACAAGCAGAGAUGCUGCUCGAUUCCCCAUCAUUGCCAGCUGCACUCUCUUUGGCCUGUAUCUCUUUUUCAAGACCGUACACACAGCUUCAAUGGAGGGACUGAGAGCUCUCGGACUAAAUCUAAAAUAUCUUAAACUGUGUUCAGAAGAUGAACCCGAGGUCUCACGGGUUUGGAAUGACAUGAGGAUUUUCUCGCAAGAGUACAUUAACUUGCUGCUAUCCAUGUAUUUCUUUGUGCUGGGAAUAUUAGCGCUGUCUCACACAAUGAGUCCGUUUAUGUGCCGAGUUUUCCCUGCUAACUGGCCAAAUAAGCAGUACCAGCUGCUGUUCACCCAGGGCUCAGGAGACGGCAAAGAGGAGAUCGUCAACUAUGAGUUUGACACCAAGGAUCUGAUAUGCCUGGCAAUCAGCAGUGUGGUAGGGGUCUGGUACGUCCUCAAAAAGCAUUGGAUAGCCAAUAACCUGUUUGGACUGGCUUUUGCCCUGAAUGGAGUUGAGCUGCUCCACCUCAAUAAUGUCAGCACUGGAUGCAUCCUGCUGGGAGGUCUGUUCGUUUAUGAUGUGUUUUGGGUUUUUGGCACCAAUGUUAUGGUGACAGUUGCCAAGUCCUUCGAAGCCCCAAUCAAGUUGGUUUUUCCACAAGAUUUGCUGGAGAAAGGUUUAGAUGCCAAUAACUUUGCCAUGUUGGGACUGGGGGACAUUGUCAUUCCGGGAAUCUUCAUUGCUCUGCUCCUGCGCUUUGAUGUCAGUUUAAAGAAGAACACCCGAACUUACUUCUACACCAGUUUCCUGGCUUACAUCUUUGGCCUGGGUCUUACCAUAUUUGUUAUGCACACCUUUAAACACGCUCAGCCUGCUCUGCUGUACCUGGUCCCUGCUUGUGUUGGAUUUCCUGUGGUGCUGGCCCUGUUUAAAGGAGAACUGACGGAGAUGUUCAGAUACGAAGAGUCUUCACCAGAGGAGGCGUCAUUGAAAGAGGAAGUAACAGAAUCUGAUAAAGACAAAUAAAAAUGUGGGUUGAGCCCUCAGUCAUGUCCUAGAGAUGUGGUCAUGUUCAGAGUCUGCUCAUGGCAGUCACGUUUUGUACUUUUGAGCUUUAUUUGAUUGAUGUACAACAGCUUGCUCAGUGCCUGUGUAUUGUCCUUGUUCCUUUCGUUCAAUUCAUUGCCUUCAACAUUUGAAAAUUUGAUCGGUUAUUUACUUUCAAACGUGUGGUUGUUUUUUGUUUAGUUUUUUUAUCCUUAUAAUUUGAACCGCGUAGAAGUUAGGCUUUCUGAAUGUAAUGUGUCGGAUUGCUAAACAGAUGUAUUAAAAAUCAGAUGUCACAAGUCACUACCUAUUCCCCAGUAGCUGGUUUCUGUUAUUGGUUUUAUUCUAGGAUCUCAUAAGAGAUUCAGUUUGUGAAACAGAAGUAAUUAUCCAUAUGUUAUUACAUGAAAGGAAACAAUUAUUCUUUCUGCAAGUGUAAACAAAAGUGGGACCAAAUAUCUCCUUCUAAUGUGAUGGUAGUGUUUACAUGUGAUGUUUUCUGUCUGUAGCUGAAGGGCUCUGAGUUUAGUUUUCUAUGCCACAUCGUUUCCUGAUCAUAUUUGUUUGUACAACUCAUGCUUAGCUUGGUAAGCAUUAUUUUACAGUUUCCUCUUGUGUAAUCUUUAUUUUCACAACAUAAAAGUGUAAAAUUUAAGCUGACAUGAGGAGCAUUUCUUUCUCACUUUAACUUUUAUUUGCAUUAAACUGUGGUUUUUACCACUGUAAACAAA